AUGAAUCAGAUGAAUGUUGCCGGAAUGAACCCGGGUGCCGGUGGUCCUGUCGGUGGGAUCCCCAUGAUGAACAAUGGCUCUUCAGCUUUACGAAGUGACCCUGGCAAUCAGAUUCUCCAGGGAGACAAUGUGGUACAACUAAACACUUAUAUCUACGACUACUUUCUCAAACGCGGCUAUCACGAUUGUGCCAGGGCAUUAAUCCAAGAUGAGUCGUUUACCAUGAGCACCUCACCCGUGCCAAAGUCCACGCCACACCGUCGCGAUGGCGAAAUGAAUGGCGUUGACGGUGAUGCCAUGGUCACGGACUCCAAGGAUGAAGUUAAACACAGGAUACCGGACGAUAUGCCGCGACCAAAUAUCCCACCAGGCCAGGGUGGAGACUUUCAACAAACGUCGUUUCUCCUUGACUGGUUUAACCUCUUCUGGGACAUUUUCUGGGCCCAGCGGAAACGAAGUAAAAACCCUGAAGCCAUGCAAUAUGUUCAACAGACACAGCAAUUACUUCGAAUGCAAAACCAGCAAAUGCUGCGCCAAUCGCAGAUGAUUCCUGGUCAAUAUAACAUGCGAGCGGCCCGUGGUGGGAUGAUGCCUGCUGGUAUGCAGAAAACACUAAUGCAAAACAAUCCCAAUAUGACCCCCCAGCAAAUGGCGCAGCUGCAAAAGAAUCAACAAAUGCUCCACCAUCAGAUGCAACGAGAAACCUCUGAAAUGGAGAUGAAUGGCCACCGUCCACAGUCACCCUCGUCUGCAGAAAAUGCUCCAUCACCUUCGAAGCGUCCCCGCUUGGAUGGCUCGCAGGUAAAUGGGUUGCAGAUGGCACCAAACGGUCGAGGGCAAGGCCAAAUGCCUGGCCGGCCAAACCACCAGACCAACGCCAUGUUGAUCCAACACGGCAUUAAUCCAAACACCUUGACCCCCCAACAGUUUACUUCGUUCCAGGCGCAAAACCCGUCUGUCCAAGCAAAAUCUCUCCAGGUAUACAAUCAAAACAUGGGCAACAUGAGUAUGCAUAACAAUCGCGCAGCGAUGAACAACCCGGGUAUGCCAAAUGGUUUAAUGAACCCUGGUGUGAUGCCAAACCAAGGCGACAUGAUGCCCAUGCACGAUGGCCAGCUAUUACCUAUGCAAGAGUACUACAGCGCAAAUGGCCAAAUGACCCAAGUACCACGACCUCAGAUGCAAACUCCUGGCUCAGGGAACCAUGCACUCCAAGAUUAUCAAAUGCAGCUGAUGUUGUUGGAGCAGCAGAAUAAACGACGCCUGCUGCUGGCUCGUCAAGAACAAGAUGGCAUAAACCGAGGCGAUGGUCAAGCAGGAAUGCCUGGCCAGCCUAACUUACCCCCAGGUACAUCCCCACAGGGUAGUCGGGCCGGCGCGUCCCCAAAUCCUAAUGAUCAGAUGAAGAGAGGCACACCCAAGAUGCCUCAGACUGGCCUCCCCGGCUCUCCUAGCGUUAACGAUGCGAUGGCUCAUGGCCGUAACUCUCCCGCCUCCAUGAACUUCGGCGGCCAAAUGCCCCAAGAAAUGGGCGGUGGGGCCUUCUUCAUAAACAAAAGUUUGCAAGACGGUGUCGUCCAGAAUGGCAUGAGACCUCCCAGCUCCAAUCCUGCCUUCAGCGGUCCUCAAAUGACUCAGCCCAUGGAUGCCAUGUCGCGCCCACAGGGGCCUGGCGGUCCCGGUGGUAAUAGGAUGCCAGGCGGCAACUGGCAAGGCCAGGGGCCUCCGGGUCAACCCAUGGUCCCACAGCAGCAACAAGUGGGUCAGCAACAACCCCAGCCGGCAGGAACUCCGCAGGAGCGCAACGCGAUGCCACCACCCCAAGCGCCCCCUGCCGGCGUCGCUGGUACAGGCCGGACGCAACCUUCCUCCCCUCAAGCGGGCGCUGCACCCCCGACCCCGCAGCAGUCUAACAAGCCGGCUCCCAAAGGGAAGAAGGAUCCAAAGGAGAACCCAAGAAAGAACAACGCCGCAAACAAUGCAGCCGCUAAUAAUGCGAAUGCAAAUACGAAUGUAAACGGCCCACAACCAACGUCUGCACCCAACGCUGCGCAACAGCAACAAAAUCUUGUUCAGCAGCAGCAAGCUCAACAGCAACAACAGCAGGCUCAGCAGCAGCAAGCUCAACAACAGCAGCAAGACCCGGGUCAGACUUUUGGGGAUAUGAAUUUACCUGAUGCCAACAAUUUCAAUCUCGACUUCACAACCUUGGAUAACCCUGACAUCCUAGAGAAUUUCGACUUCGAUUCAUUUCUUAACACGGAUGAUCCGAAUGGAUUCGCUUUUGACCCGAGCAUGCCGUAUCCCGAUGGGGUUGAAGCGGGUGCUGGGGAGAACCUGUAA